GGGGACCGGCUCCGGCCUGCGAUUGGCCGGCAGCGGCGGUGGGAGCGGCACCGUGAUGGAGGCGGCUGGGCCGGUGACCCGAGCGGCGGCGCGCAAGAGGGCGCCCAGGAUCCCGGAGGAGCCGGAGCGGCGGCCGGGGCAGCGGCGACCGCGGAGGAGAAUUGAGGAGCAAGAAGAAGCCGUCUUUCGUGAAGUGGUCAGUUUUACCCCGGAGCCUUUGCCAGCUAGAUAUUAUGACAAGGACACCACCAAACCUGUCAGUUUUUACUUCUCUUCACUGGAGGAACUCCUGGCGUGGACGCCUGACGUGGAGGACAGUUUCAACGUGGCCUUGGAGCCCUCCGAGUGCCGGCAGCCCCCCUUGAGCAGCCAGAGGCCCCGCACCCUGCUGUGCCAUGACAUGAUGGGCGGGUAUCUCGAUGACAAGUUCAUUCAGGGCUCGGCGGUGCGUAGCCCCUACUGCUUCUACCACUGGCAGUGCAUCGACAUCUUCGUGUACUUCAGUCACCACACCGUGACCAUCCCCCCCGUGGGCUGGACCAACGCUGCCCAUCGGCAUGGGGUCUGCGUGCUGGGGACCUUCAUCACCGAGUGGAAGGACGGUGCGCAGCUCUGUGAAGCCUUUCUGGCCGGGGACGAGCGCUCGUACCGAGCCGUGGCGGACCAGCUGGUCCUCAUUGCCCAGUUCUUCCGAUUCGAUGGCUGGCUGGUCAACAUCGAGAACUCUCUGAGUCCGGCCGCGGUGGGCAACGUGCCCCACUUCCUGCGCUACCUGAGCGCCCAGCUCCAUCAGCGGGUGCCUGGGGGCUUGGUGCUGUGGUACGACAGCGUGGUGAGCAGCGGACAGCUCAAGUGGCAGGAUGAACUCAACCAGCACAACCGGGUCUUCUUCGACGCCUGCGACGGCUUCUUCACCAACUACAACUGGCGGGAGGAACACCUGGAGCGCAUGCGCGGCCCGGCGGGGGGGCGCCGCGCCGACGUGUACGUGGGCGUGGACGUGUUCGCGCGGAGCAACGUCGUGGGAGGCCAGUUCGACACGCACAAGUCGCUGGAGCUGAUCCGGAAGCACGGCUUCUCCGCAGCUCUCUUCGCCCCUGGCUGGGUGUACGAGUGUUUGGAGAAGAAGGAUUUCUUCCAGAACCAGGACAAGUUCUGGGCUUUGCUGGAACGCUACCUGCCCACACACAGCAUCUGUUCUUUGCCCUUUGUCACCUCUUUCUGCCUGGGCAUGGGGACACGGCGAGUGCGUUACGGACAGGAGGAGGCGGUGGGGCCCUGGUACCACCCCAGCGCCCAGGAGAUCCAACCCCUGUUUGCGGAGCACAGGCUGGAAGGGGCCGGCCAGGGCUGGGUGAGGACGAGCUGCUGUCUGGCGGACGCCUGGCAUGGGGGCAGCUCGCUGCUCAUCCGUGGGGUGAUUCCGCCUGAGGUCGGACCCGUGGCCGUGAGGCUGUUCUCUCUGCACGUGCCCAUGCCUCCCAAAAUUUUCCUGUCCUUGGUGUAUAAACUAGAAGGGCCCUCGGCUGUCGAGGUGGCAUUGGAGCUCACCACGGGGGACGCAGGCAGCUGCUACGUGGGUGGCCUCUGGACGCUGGAUGCAGAAACCAGCUCAAGGCACAGCCCCCGGCCCCUCCGGGUGCCCCCCACCAAGCUGGCCAGAUGGGUGGGCCGCUGCGGCCAACAGCUCCAUGGGGGCUGGGUCCAGCGCUGCUACGAGGUGAACCUGCGGGACUGCCUCCUGGGAGACCUGCUCGUUAGCUUUGCGCGGCCGGCCGGCAGCCGGGAGGAAGCAAGCUUUGUCUGCAGGCUCGGGGAGAUCCAGGUGGUGGAUGCCGACAGCCUGCUCCGCCCGCUGCCCCGGGUGCUGGCCGUCACUGUGUCCCGCGUGCACUGGCAGCCGGCCACGUCCGAGGAGGAGGAGGGGGGCGCCCCUGCCCGGCUGCGGCUCAGCUGCACCCUGCACUGGUCCUACCUCCUCUCUCCCAUUCGAUGCUUCCGGAUCCACUGCCUCCCAGGGAGUGGUGGGGGCUCUCCACGCGGGGGGCCGCCAGGGCCCGACAAGCCCGCGCUCCUGGGCCUGGCCUUCGUCAACCAAUACCGGGUAGUGGAGCUGCCGGUGGCAGCCGCGGGGCCUGGCAGGGACAGCCGUGUGCAGUUCCUGGUGGAGCCCGUCCCCAAGGAGGGGUUCCUGGUGCCGCAGGCCGAGUGGGGCAGGGCAGCCCUGCUCUACUCCCUGCCCCAGCUGUGAGCCAGCGCCAAAGCUGGCGUCUCCCCGCCUCUGAGCUCAGGGCCCCACGCGGUGUCUGGGAGCCCACGGGUGCCAGAUGGCUGUGGCUGGGGCUGUUCAGUGGUGGAUGCCGGUGACAGGAAAACCAAGAAGUCCGUUUGCUGGGCUGAUGAUUUCCCGAGGUUAAUGAACUCUGUUAUGUCUAA